AUGAACUCAAUCAUCCAAGCUGUGCGGGAAGCAUCACUGGAAGGACUAGAUUCAUUUGCUCGCUUGCUGAUACAAGAACGGCUCCCUACCAGCUACAUCGAAACCCUCAGUAGCAAAGAUAAGACGGACGUGUUGCGCGCUUGCCUGCUUGUGUACAUCCUCACAGCUACAACCAUUGUUCCCCGACAAUUUCAGCUAGAAGCUGUUCUCGCAACGUUGAACGGCCGCGACAGCAUAAUUACAGCUGGUACAGGCUGUGGAAAGACCUUGUGUCUCAUCAUUCCUAAUCUACUUCGUCCGGACACUAUCAGUGUGACAAUUUCACCUUUGAAACGUCUCCAGAUCACACAGGUCAAUGAAUGCAUGAAAUAUGGUAUAUCUACAAUAUCAAUUAAUGAAGACACCCCGAACGACACAUCACUUUGGCAGUCAAUUCGUGCUGGGAAGUACGAGCAUUUGAUUGUUUCACCAGAACAACUGUCGAUGUUCAGUGGUCAUCUACCACGUUUUGCACGGCUCAUUCACCAAGAUGGAGCAUUCGUCAAAAGAAUCAAACGAGUUCAUAUCGACGAGGCACAUAACAUCUACACAGCAGGGCUUGCACAUCAUGGCGUCUGAGACGGGUCCAUUAUCUUCACAAGUAAGUCCAGAAUAGAUAUCCGACCAUCCCGCAGUAUUUUCAGGGCACUGCUGAUGCGUUCGUGUGUAGACAUUCGGCUGCCUCUGGUACUUGAACGGGAGGUUUCUGCAGGAGCUUCCGCAGUGAGGUCGACGAAUCCAGAGUCUACGGACCGGUUGAUAUCAGUGUCGAUGAGCAUCGAGAGGUCCCCGCCAUCCCUGGGCCAUCCAAGUCCUUGAGACAUCUUUCCCUUGAGAACAGAGCUUAGUAGGACCAGUACUAUCUCAGAAGAAGCUGAAGUAUGAAUUCAAAUCAUAAAUAGGGCUGUCCGAGUGCAACGUGACGCUGCCCUGCAGCGGCCAGCGGAAGAGACCUGGUCGAUCGCUGCCGGAGUCGAUGGG